AUGGCAUCGGCAGACAGUUCCUCAAGCACCCCUACAUUGGAUGACGUCGACGAUUGUAUUACGGUAAGAGCAGUUGAUCGGCGUAACAUUUAUGGAAGCACAGGUGGUACCGAGCAAAGUGUGAGUAGCCCCGAAAAUGUUGAGAAUGACAAUCAACUAGAGAGGAAGAAGAGAGCGAAGACAUCAGUUGUGUGGUCAGAAUUUACGGAGGUGGUUCUCCCUGGUGGUAUAAGGAAGGGAGAGUGCAUUCAUUGUAAAACAAAGUUGAAAAUCACUGCCAGUGGAAGCACAACACAAUUCAACAGACAUUUGAAAAGGUGUGCAAAGAGAACAACUCACUUGAGGCAACAACAAAUAAAUUUCCCCCCUUCCAAUUCUCAGGGUGGCUCUAAUGUCCUGCCUGCUCUACGGGGCCAAUUCAGUAUGCUGAAGAUGAGGGAAUUUAUUGCACAUUGGGUGCUGAUGCAUGAGCAUCCAUUUUCUAUUGUGGAGGAAGAGGGGUUGAACAAUAUGAUGAAGUACGGGAUUCCUGAAUGGACUCCGAUAUCCCGUAAUACUUGUAAGAAUGAUUGUAUGAAAGUGUUUGAAAGUGAGAGACAGAAGUUGCUGACCCUAUUGAAGGGUGUUAGGAAGAUAAGUCUGACCACAGAUCUAUGGCAUUCAGGCAACCAGAGGAUGGAAUACAUGGUUUUGACUGGGCAUUGGAUUGAUGAUCAUUGGAAGUUUAAUAGACGGGUGUUGAACUUUAUUAAUUUCCCUCCUCCCCGUUCUGGUGUUGCCAUUGUUGAUGCAAUUUUCAAGUGUUUGAUGGAUUGGGGAAUUGAAGCUAAGGUCCACACGAUAUUGAUGGAUAAUCCUUCAAGCAAUGAUGUUGUAGUAAAAGUGUUGAAAGAUAAUUUCCAAGCUAUGGGGAAGCUCAUAUGUGAGGGCAAGAUGUUUCAUGUGAGGUGUUGUGCACAUAUCUUGAACCUGGUUGUUCAAGAUGGUCUUCAUCAGAUUAGACACAUUAUUGAGGACAUCCGUGAUACCGUGUCGUAUAUCAAUUCAUCGGAGAGUAGACUAAAGAUGUUUUCAGAGAUUGUUCAACAACGCCGAUUGCCAUUUCGCAAGCUUAUUCUUGAUUGCAAAACGCGAUGGAAUUCAACAUAUUAUAUGUUGACAACGGCAAUGCAAUUUAGGCGCGUUUUCCCUUGUUUGAAGAAGAGGGAUUUGAGUUAUCAUUAUUGUCCCAAGGAGGAGGAUUGGGACAAAGUUGAGAAAAUUUGUCCUAUUUUGAAGGUGUUUAGUGCUGCGUCGAAUCUGAUAUCAGGGAGUGAUUAUCCGACAUCAAACUUGUUUCUAAAACAAGUAUGUACAAUAAAAAUUAUGUUGGAUAAUAAGAGUCGGGAUGGAGAUCAGUUUAUACAGACCAUGAUUUGGAAAAUGAAAGAAAAGUUUGACAAAUAUUGGGGAGAAUGUAAUCUAUUGAUGGGUGUGGCUGCUAUUUUGGAUCCCAGACUGAAGAUGAGGGUAAUUGAAUAG